ACUGGGCGCCCAUUCUGCCAGCGGACAGCCAGCAGCACGCACCAGCGAGCCACCGGGCUUGGGACUAAUCGGAGCGGUUUCAAGUCCUCGACAGUCGCGACCGUGAGGAAUGUAGUCGCCGGUACCACGACAGCGCAGCGCCUGUACACUACGACCUCGAUGACAAGGUGCCUGCUGAGACUCCGCACGUAAACGUUUACCUGUUGGGAGCGCAGCUACUCAACCUGUUCGAUGGGGUGAGGACACUAUAGCGCCGUAUAUGAACCCAGCGUUCCUGGACGACACAUCUUCUUGGGGCUUCCUCUCUUCUGGCCAAAAUCUUCUUCUUCUUCGGAUUACAAAACAUCAAUUGCAUCAUCAUUACUGUCUACACAACAGCCAGCCAUGCUGAAGGUGGUUGGUGCAUCCUGGUUCCAAACCAGGAUGAGCAAGUUGAUCCUUGUGGCAGUGGUUCUCCUAGGAGUAAUAAUUCUGAUCCUCGGAGAGAUUGAAGUAAAGGCAGAGGAUGGUAACUAUGCAGCAACGGUCACUUGGGUGGAGAGCACAGGUUUCAACAUAGAAUUCUGGGGUCAGGGCAACGACCCACAGGAGAUACCACAAGGUGUUGCGAGAGCGUACUACAGACCUGACCUGAACUUUGAUGGGUGGGCCAAACUGGAGAUUCAGACCCACAGUGGUUCGCCUGACUGGAUUCAGGCUUUUGCUGCAGGCCUUCUGGAGGGCAGCCUCACAUGGCAGAUGAUUUAUUGGCACUGGAUCAACACUGUGCAAAAUGUGUGCCAAAACCGUCAACACCUUUGUGAAGAAAUCCACUCUGUCCUGGAGGAAAACGAGCGUUGGACCCGAGAGAAAGCUGCUGAGAAUAAAGCCACCAGUCCUUUCUGGUACCAGGUACAUUUGUUCUACUUGCAACUAGAUGGCCUUGAAGUUGGAUGGAGGCAAGGAGUAGAAAGAAGCAGGCUGGAAUUGGAUAUUCCGCACUUGGACUUCAUUUGGAUGAAUGCAGUAACUGACAUUAUUGAUCUGGAAAGGAGACACUCCAGUACUCUUGAACCUUCAUUGGGGCUCUUCACUGCUGCAAAUUUCUCAUCCAUUCUUGUGAAACAUUUGCAUGAUACUCAAGAAAUUUUCAUGGCUCACAAUACUGGAGGAAUGUACCAAUCAAUGCUACGACUUCUUAAGCGAUAUGAAUUAAAUUAUCAUGAGGCACCCGAUGAAGUAUCUGAUGUAGUACCUGGCCAAGUGAUAGAAUUUUCAUCUUAUCCUGGCUCAAUCCAUUCUCAGGAUGACUUUUAUGUAAUCUCUGGUAUGUCACAUCAGGGGAAGAAUCAUCAGCUGAAAAUAGCAAGCAUUCCAAUCAACAACUAUAACAGAGCUUUGUGGAGAAAAUCUAAACCACAACAGCAGGUUCUGUCUGGUCCAAGAGUCAUGACUGCAAACAGGUUGGCACAACAUGCUCGCCAGUGGGUCCACCAUUUGGCAGAGUCUAACAGUGGCACAGGCAAUAGGCAAUGGGUAGUGCUAGACACAGGGAAAGUUGGGAAGCCACCCCGUGAAUCCAACAGGGUGCCGAGGAGGCGUCGUGGCAGUCAAAAGAGCCGCCACCAGAAGCACCACCUGCAUGGUCUACUGUGUGUUGUGGAGCAGCUGCCUGGUCUGACCCGGGCUUCAGAUGUCUCUCACCAACUGAUUGCUGAAGGGUUUUGGGCCUCACUGAGAGGUGUACCUUACCACCAGGACAUCUGUGAUGCAAGUCAUUGUGCCGACAUGAAACAGAUACUAGAACAGUCAUCACUAGCAAGGUCUUUCAAAGAAGAUCAGAAGAGAGCAACAGAUGUAGCAACAAUAAUGUAUCUGAUGAGAAAUUAUUAUUACAAUGACACCUUAUUAUCUGAAGAUGAACAGUCAAUGAUAGCACCAAGAGGUGACAUACAACUCGAUCCCAAGCUGCCACUUGGAGUGAUUGAUACAAAGGUUUCCAUCUGGGCGCCAAAUACAUCUGUUCAAGUUUAUGCCAUUGCUGGUCCACCUUUCAGUAUGAAUGCAAAUAUAAGUGCAGAAAGUAAUGAUGAAAGCAAUGAUGUGCCUCAAGAUGAUGUUGAUAAUCACAAAUAUCCUGUCUUUCCUUAUAAAUGGUCUUCUAGUUCUUUUGUGAAUUUAUCUCACCUGGGGCAACCAGAUGUUUGGAAUUUCAACAUUUUUGUCUCAGAAUGGUCCUGGCACCAACAUGGAAAUUAUACAGUUGCCCCUGAGAAGCCAGAUUAAAGAGUUUCUUUCUAAUAUCUUUUUUUGUCUUUUUGUGAUUAUUCUAAAAAUCUGUCUUCCAUUAUUACUGAAUAAAACUGAAUUUUUUACAACUCUGAAGAAA